UUCAAUGUUCUAUGAUCAUACAUAUUUUUGGAUUAAUUCUCUGAACUUGUCUAUAAACCUUGCAUUUCAGAUAAUAUCUUAAUUCGUAAAUUGAUUGAAAUUAAUGCUUAUUUACCUACUUACUUAAAAGUUAAAAGUAUUAUUAUUUAUUAUAAUCAUAAAUUAUAGUGAUAUUAAUAUUAUUCUUUUUGUUUCAUUAAUUCUAGUUAAUUUUUAUUUACCAAUAUUAUCAAUAUUUGUGCUCAUAACUAUCUUCAUUCUAUGCUCAUACCUAACCUCGGGCUCACUUUUCUACGCCUCUACGGUCGACUAUGUUUGUACGCAUGGUUCUUGUUCCUUAAUUCUUCUACGCUCAUCGUGUCCAACACUUUGUCUUGACGUCUUCCGUGGUUAGCGGUAAUGGAGUUUUCACUUAGCGAAAAGCCUGGACCAGCGGCUGAUGAACAUACCACAGAACGCAGCGCAAAGUUGAUUACAACUGAGAGCAAUGUUAGUGAAUGCAUGACAAGAAUUAAGACAUCGCGAGAAAGUGAAAUUUACUUGUACAAUUCUGAAUAUUUAAAGAAUAAUUAUGAUAAAUAUAUCAGAGAUGAUUUCUUAUAUGCAUUUGGAGCAUUUUAUUGUGAUAAAGUAAUGAAGAUUCCUCAUUUAGACCGCAUAUUGAAAACUGAAUGUUAUCAUCGUGAAACAGAAAUUAAAUAUAGACAUUAUGAGUUUGCAACAUACAUGGAAAAUAUAAUAACAUGGCUUGAUCUUAAAUUAAAAUACUACAAUGAAGAAUCAUCAAAAUCUAAUAAAAAAAUACAUGAACAGUUCAACACAAGUUCUCAAGAACUAAAUGAUAAAUUAAGAUCUGUAGCAAAUUCUCAAAAUGAUAUAAUAACAUCGCAAGACAUAACUACUUCAAAAACUGAAGAUUUUCCUGUAAAUAAUACUCAAAAUAAAAUAAAAACAUCGCCAGAUGUAACUUCUCCGAAACAAGUUACUCAAAUAAUAACAUCGCCCGAUAUAACUUUUCCAAAACAUGAUACUCUUGAAAAUUCAACUAAUGAUCACAAGAAAGGAAUUGAUAAGGUAAAUAAUGUUCAAAAUAAAAAAUCAACAUCACCAGAUGUAACUUUUCCGAAACAUGAUACUCUUGGAAAUUCAACUAAUGAUCACAAGAAAGAAAUUGAUGAGGAUAAAUUGUAUCCAGCUCAGGCAAGUUCUAGUGUUAUUGGUGAAAAAAUAUCAAAUAUGUGUUUGGAAACUUCUUCAAAAUCUAUUAGAAGUACGCGAUCCAAUAAGCAAGCUCAUAACAAAUUAGAUAAAGCAUCAACAAAACUAUUAAAAAGAUCAAAUUCAGUAACAGAUUCUGAGCACAAAUCGAAAAAAAAGAAAAUAGAAAAACCUUCUCCUAGUGUUGCUGAAAGAAAAACAAAUACCAAUAAUAAUAAAAAUUCCGUCAAAGCUUUAAAUGAAUCUAUAAAACAAGUUAGCAAAAAUUUGUAUAGUCGAAAUAGUAAAGGAGAAACAAAAUUACAUUCAGCAUGUGCCAAGGGGAAAUUAGAUUUAGUAGUUUCAUUGCUUGAAGAUGGUUUCAAUCCUAAUGUUAAAGAUAACGCUGGAUGGACACCCAUGCAUGAAGCCGUGAAAUGUGGGAACUUAGAUAUUGUGAAAGAAUUAAUCAAGUUUGGUGCAUAUUUAAAUGUUCCUGGUUUUGAAUAUGAAAGCCCAUUAUAUACAGCUAUUAAGUAUGGUAAAUUUGAAAUAUCAAAAACAAUUCUGAAUUAUGGAGCUGAUGCAAAUUUUAUAAAUAUGUAUGGUGAUAAUGCGAAAUGCCUUAAUAAAGAAAAGGUAUCCGAGUUAUUGGAAAAUCUAGUUUUGUGUCAAUCAACACAAAUUUGCCAUACUAACUAUAAAUCAGAUGAAACUAUCAUAGCCCUAAAUAAUGUUUCAUUAAAAAAUGAAACUGUGAACACAUUUUGUAAACAAUUCAAUGUUAAAUUAGUUCAAAAUAUUUGGAAAGAAAAGCAAUUUGCUCAAGUUACUCACAUAAUUGUACCAAAAACAAAAAAUAAUACUUGUGAUGUUAAUUUGGAAUGUUUAACUGGCAUAGCAAAUGGAUUAUUUAUAAUCAACGAAAAUUGGAUUUCUGACUCAUUAGACAAAAAUAAACUUAUGAAGUCUGAAGAUUAUGAAGUCAGUGGAACAACAUUGUUAACUGAUUGUAAUGGCCCAAAGAUAUCACGAAUAAGCAAACAAAAACUGUAUCCAAAAUUAUUUGAUGGUAUAAACAUACAUGUAUGUGGAAGUAAUGGUUGGAAUCAGUUUACACUUGAAAAUUUAAAAAAACUGGUUGUUGAAUUCGGAGCUAAGCUGUUAAUACGUAUGCCUAAUCCAGAAGACUGCCCUACUAAUAUAAUACCAUAUCAUUGCCGUAAUAAUGAUGAAAUGUUUCAUGUUUCUAACAUUAUAUUAUAUACAAUGGAUUCAAAUAGGCUUAUAAAGUACAAUAUGAAACAUUUAAAAGCUUUUCAUAUUUCAUGGUUCAUGGAAGCUGCACAAAAGUAUAAUAUUAUAUAAAAUGGUUAUGUAUAUCCAAUUGUAUAAUCAUUUUGAUGUUUCCAAUAGUUAUUACUCAAUUGAAUACAAGUUUGUCAUGUAAAAACAAUUAAAUUAUGUACUUUGAAAUAAUAAAUUGUCAAAUAAUGUAUUAUUAAAAUACAUAAAUUA